GAAAAGUCUCAACCUGGCAACCCGGUCAUCGACUGUAUCAGCAGCUUCUCACACGCUUUUCGGGUUUCUGUUCCAGACUUUAGUCAAUGGAUAAUUGUGUUCAAAAUAUUAUAAAAUGACCGAUUACGGAGAGGAACAGCGGAAUGAGCUGGAGGCGAUUCAGUCCAUUUAUCCCGAUUCAUUCACAGUUUUGUGUGAAGAGCCGAUAAGUUUCACCAUCACAGUUUCCUCAGAUGCUGGAGAGAGUGAUGAGAUGGUGCAGGUGACACUGAAGUUCACCUACGUGCAGAAUUACCCAGACGAGGCGCCGCUGUGGGAGAUUCAAUCCCAGGAAAACCUGGAAGACAGAGACACUGAAGACAUCCUCUCUCUGUUACACCAGCAGGCAGAGGAGAACCUAGGCAUGGUGAUGAUCUUCACAUUAGUGACAGCUGUGCAGGAAAAACUAAAUGAAAUCAUAGAUCAGAUGAAGAUCAGAAGAGAAGAAGAACAGAAGAGACAAGAAAGAGAAGCUGAAGAGGCUGAGAAGAAAGCAUUCCAGGGAACUGUAGUUACGAUUGAGAACUUCCUGGCAUGGAAAGCACAGUUUGAGCGAGAGAUGGCUGAGCUGAGGAGGAAAAAACAGAAAGAGGAUGAGCAGGCGGGAAAAACCAAACUCACGGGAAAGCAGUUGUUUGAAACGGACCGUAACCUGGACACAUCAGAUAUUCAGUUCUUGGAGGAUGCAGGAAACAGUGUGGAAGUAGACGAAUCUUUAUUCCAGGACAUGGAUGAUUUGGAGCUGGAUGAAGAAGAUCCUGAUUUUGACCCCUUGCAUUUGGGCAGUGAUGAUGAUUAACCAAAUAAUAAAAUGUUUUACAUUAAAAGCAAAAA